AUGAAGAUUAAAUUCCAUUCUUCCUUAUUCUUCAUGUUCUUGAUAGCCUUUACAAGCAUAAAAGUAAGCUUAGCAGAUUGUGAUAAUCUACAAGACACUUGCCCCACAGCUUCACCCGAUAAACAUGCCAUAUUCAUCAAUGGACUCCCUUGUGAAAACCCACUUAACAAAAGUGCCCAUGAUUUUAAGAGCAUGGAAUUAAGCAACGGUGGUACUAGAGACGCUUUUGGUUCAUCAAUGAAAAUAGUUACUGCUUCCAAAUUUACUGGUCUUAACACUCUUGGCAUCUCAGUUGGUAGAAUUGAUAUUGAAGUGGAUGGACUCGUGAAUCUCCACAAUCACCCAAGAGCCACUGAGAUGAUCUUUGUUAGGGAAGGAGUGUUGGAAGCUGCUUUUCUUGACACCCAAAACCAGCUCUUCCAAAAGGCUCUCAAGGCUGGUGAUGUGUUUGUGAUCCCCAAGGGCUUGUUCCAUUUCUUCCUAAAUCGUGGCGUGCAAGUUGCAACUUUGUUCUCUGUGUUCAACAGCCAGAACCCUGGCCUCGGAUCCCUCACUUCCUUUCCUUCUACAGUGGAAUCAACUGAGAAACUGAAGAGGAAACUCAUCUCCCUUUAUGACUCUCAAGUUGAUGGUGUUAAUGACUUGACUUCGGCAGUGUUAGAUAUCAUGUAUAGUUAA